AUGCCCAGGACGAUGUUCACAAACUCCAGGGAGCGGUGGAGGCAACACAAUGUCAACAGCGCCUUCGCCAAGCUGAGGAAGCUCAUCCCCACUCACCCUCCAGACAAGAAGCUGAGCAAAAACGAGACGCUUCGCUUGGCAAUGAGGUACAUCAACUUCUUGGUCAAGGUCUUGGGGGAGCAAAGCCUGCAGUCGACAGGAGUGGCUGCGCCAGGAAACAUUCUGGGACUCUUCCCCCAAGGACCCCACCUGCCGGACAGGACUCUACUCGGUGACUAG